AUGGACAGCUAUCACGCAUCCGAGUCUGGAUCGCGACAAGAAGCAUCCGAGAAACUGUUGUCCGACUCUAGCUCUCAGAACGAUUCUCACAACCAUAUCGAACUAAAACGCGCACGAAGAAGCCGGUGGUAUUCGCGAUGGAUCAUUGCACUUCCCGGAUUCUUUGCCUUCCUUACCAUUUACUCCUUGGCUUUGGUAUCUCUUGUGAAGGACUCGGCCUGUCUGGCUCAGUCUAAUUCAGCUGGGCAACUCAUCUACACACCUGUACGGGACGCCAUCGUCAAAGAAAAGAAGACCAUCGAUGUCUCGGUCCUGCAUGGAAAUCCCUUGAAAGGGCCACCAAGUCCGGAACUUGACGAGGCAUGGAGUCGACUUCUAAUGAAUGCCAACGUACGUGUGUCCGCAGAGGAUCUCGAGAAAGCAGGAGUCGAGUCCAUUCCGCUGAAUGAUGGCUCUGGCAAGUACUACGCGAUCCUGGAUGUGUACCAUCAAUUGCACUGCCUUAAAUACAUUCGCCAUUAUAUGUACAAGGAUAUUUACGACGACAUUCAGCCAUGGACUCCAACCCACGUAGAUCACUGCAUUGAUAGUAUUCGGCAGAACCUGAUGUGCAAUGCGGACACGGCAAUGAUGGGGUUUCGGUGGGUGAAUGAUAGUCUCGAGCCCAAGCCAAAUUUUCGUGGCCAGCAUGAGUGUGUGAAUUGGGAGAGUAUCGAAGAAUGGGCCUCUGAGCGAUCAUUCAACCCAGAUGACCAGGCGAAUUUGCGCCACCCAAGCGCUGCAUAG